CCAUGUUCAACCAGCCGCAGCAGCAGCAGCUGCAGCAGCAGCAGCUCCAGCAGUUGCAGCAGCAGCAGCUCCAGCAGUUGCAGCAGCAGCAGCUCCAGCAGCAGCAAUGGCAGCAGCAGCAGUUGCUGCAGCUCCAGCAGCUGCUCCAGCAGUCUCCAUCACAGGCCCCCUUGCCCUUGGCCGUCAGCCGGGGGCUCCCCCAGCAGCAGCCACAGCAGCAGCUUCUGAGCCUCCAGGGCACCAGCUCGGCCUCCCUCCUCAACGGCUCUGUGCUGCAGAGAGCUUUGCUGUUGCAGCAGUUGCAAGGACUGGACCAGUUUGCAAUGCCACCAGCCACGUAUGACAGUGCCGGUCUCACCAUGCCCACGGCAACAUUGGGUAACUUCCGAGGCUACAACAUGGCAACCCCGAGCCUGACAGCCCCCAGCCUUACACCCCCCCAGCUGGCCACUACAAAUUUGCAGCAGUUCUUUCCCCAGGCUACUCGCCAGUCCCUCCUUGGCCCCCCUCCUGUUGGGGUCCCCAUUAACCCAUCUCAACUCAACCUCUCAGGGCGGGCCCCCCAGAAACAGGCCCGGACCCCCUCCUCCACUACUCCCAAUCGCAAGGAUUCUUCUUCUCAGACCAUGCCUGUGGAAGACCAUUCAGACCCCCCCGAGGGGUCUGAGGAAGCUGCAGAGCCCCGAGCGAGCACACCAGGAGACCAAGGUUCAACCCCCCGCCCAGAUGACAUCCCUAAGGAGAGACACACUCCGGCACCCGGGCCUGAGCCUUGUGAGGUGUCUGAGCCGCCAGCCAAGAGGAUGAAGAGCUCAGAGGAGCCAGCAGAGAACGGGCCUCCAGGGCAGCUACAGGCGAAGGUCCAGCCACAGGCCCGGAUGACAGUACCGAAGCAGACACAGACACCAGAGCUGCUGCCUGAGCCCCUGGAAGCCCACGUGCUGCCACGAUUCCAGCCACGAGUCCUGCAGAUCCAGGCCCAGGUGCAACCACAGACUCAGCCACGGAUGCUACCAGUGGACACCCAGGUGCAGCCAAAGCUGCAGAAGCAGGCACAAACACAGACCUCUCCAGAGCACUUCGUGCCACAGCAGAAGCAGGUGCUGCCAGAGCUGCAGCAGGAGGCUGAGCCACAGAAGCAGGUGCAGCCACAGCCGCAUUCACAGCUCCCAAGGCAGGUGCAGCUGCAGCAGGAGGCAGAGCCACAGAAGCAGGUGCAGCCACAGGCGCAACCACAGCCGCAUUCACAGCCCCCAAGGCAGGUGCAGCUGCAGCAGGAGGCUGAGCCACAGAAGCAGGUGCAGCCACAGCUGCAUUCACAGCCCCCAAGGCAGGUGCAGCUGCAGCAGGAGGCUGAGCCACAGAAGCAGGUGCAGCCACAGGCACAUUCGCAGCCCCCUGUACAGGUGCAGCUGCAACUGCAGAAACAGGCCCAGACACAGACGUAUCCACAGGUACAUACACAAGCACAGCCAGCGGUCCAGCCACGGGAGCAGCCACCAGAGCAUCCCUCAGCGCAGGCGCCAGUGCAGCCACCAGAGCAGGUCCACGGGCAGCCUCAGACCCAGCCGCAGGAGUCAGUGCCGGCACCAGAGCGAGCACCAGUUCAUGGCACAGUGCGGGAGAUGCCGCCUGAUACAGUAGAAGCCGGAGGAGGCUUGGAGAAGGCCUCACCAGAGCCAGCGAGCACCCAGGCCUGCGUGGGAGAGAGCCGGGAGGAGGAGGCAGCCAGCGGCCUGGAUGUGGGAGAAUAUGAAAAAAGAGCAAGAGAGAUGCUAGGGGUGUGGGGCGCCGGGGGCUCCCUGAAGGUCACCAUCCUGCAGAGCAGCGACAGCCGGGCCUUUAGCACUGUACCCCUCAUACCCGGGCCCCGCCCCGGCGACUCCAGCUCCACCACCUCUGUGGCAGCCAGUGCGCCCGCUAGGCAGGCCCUCCAGUUCUUCUGCUACAUCUGCAAGGCCAACUGCACCAGCCAGCAGGAGUUCCAGGACCACAUGUCGGAUGCUCAGCACCAGCAGCGGCUCGGGGAGAUCCAGCACAUGAGCCAGGCCUGCCUGUUGUCCCUGCUGCCCGUGCCGCGGGAUGUCCUGGAGAGAGAGUCUGAAGACCCUCCACCAAGGCGCUGGUGCAACACCUGCCAGCUCUACUACGUGGGGGACCUGAUCCAACACCGCAGGACACAGGACCACAAGAUCGCCAAACAAUCCCUGCGACCCUUCUGCACCGUUUGCAACCGCUACUUCAAGACUCCUCGAAAGUUCGUGGAGCACGUGAAGUCCCAGGGGCACAAGGACAAAGCUAAGGAGCUGAAGACUCUGGAGAAGGAGAUAGCCGGCCAAGAUGAGGACCACUUCAUCACGGUGGAUGCCGUGGGAUGCUUUGAGGGUGAUGAAGAAGAGGAGGAGGAGGAUGAUGAAGAAGAAGAGAUCGAGGUUGAGGAGGAAUUCUGCAAGCAGGUGAGAUCCAGAGAUAUAUCCAUAGAGGAGUGGAAGGGCUCAGAGGCCUACAGCCCCAACACUGCGUACGGUGUGGACUUCCUGGUGCCCGUGAUGGGCUAUGUCUGCCGUGUCUGCCACAAGUUCUACCACAGCAACUCCGGGGCACAGCUGUCCCACUGCAAGUCCUUGGCCCACUUUGAGAACCUGCAGAAAUACAAGGCAGCCAAGAACCCCAGCCCCACCACCCGGCCCGUGAGCCGCCGGUGUGCCAUCAACGCCCGGAACGCCUUGACUGCACUGUUCACCUCUGGCGGCCGCCCACCUGCCCAGCCCAGCACCCAAGGCACAGCCAAAGCCCCCAGCAAGGUGAUGGCCCGACCCUCCCAGCCCCCACCACCGCGGCGCUCAAGCCGCCUCAAAACUUGAUAGAGGGAGUGCCCGGGCCAGAUCUGCUAAUGCUUUUUAGGAGUCUGCGUGGAAACUGACACGGUUCAUGUUUUUACUCAAAAUCCAAUAAAAGAAGGUAGUUUGGCUGUGCA